UCUGACAGUUUAUCUGUCAAUUGUGCCCGAUUGUUGUGUCCCAUCGUAUGUAAAAAAGAACCCGCAAAAAAAGCUCUAAUUACCGUUCAGCAACGCACGCAAAAAAAAAUUCUAGUCCUUUCGUCUAUAAAGAUGUCUUGAUAACUUUAAAUUUAAUCAAAAUCUCACGCAAAUAAAUAAAAUGUUAGGUUAGGGUAUCUAUCUCUCGGGAAUUCGGCGCAUAUUUCCUCUUUGUUAUUGUUGGGUUCAUUUAUGUCUAUUUUGUUAUAUGCCGUCGCUUAUGCUGAACGGUGGUCGUGUGCUGUGAGCGGUGGUGGGCAAACCAGCGGGGUUGAGCGCGUGUGAUGAGUGAAACCGUGCCUAUUUUAGUCAAUACGGGUGUUUCUGGAGGAGCAAAUUGCGUGUUAACGGAUAGCGGGGACGAGGACGAAGAUAUCAGAUUAGUCCCAGAGGUUUCCUUCGAACCAGCAUUGGAUUCCCCAAACGUUAACAGAGAGUCUCAGCCGCUACUUGGCGGACUUGACGUCUCUUUUAAUCAAUUUCCAGAUGAUCCAGCUUUUAGUGAUCUUGUGUGGCAAUCUGAGGUUGCCAUCGAUAAUGGGAUAUUUCCAGAGAGGAUUUCACAAGGAUCUAGUGGAUCAUACUUUGUUAAAAGUACCUCUGGAAAAGUUAUUGCGGUAUUCAAGCCGAAAGAUGAAGAACCGUAUGGCCGUCUUAACCCCAAAUGGACGAAAUGGAUGCACAAGUUGUGUUGUCCUUGCUGUUUUGGGCGCUCCUGUUUGAUACCGAAUCAAGGUUAUCUAUCAGAAGCAGCCGCUUCCCUUGUCGAUACCAAGCUCAAUUUAAAUAUCGUACCAAAAACUAGGGUUGUUAAAUUAGUAUCAGAAACAUUUAAUUAUCUACGGAUUGAUAGACAAAAAGCAAGAAUGAAGCGUGCGAUAAUGGAACAAUUCCCAAAUGUGGGGCUCCGUUUUAACAGGAUAGGCUUACUACCAAAGUGUGGUUCGUUCCAAUUAUUUGUAGAUGGUUAUAAGGAUGCUGAUUAUUGGUUAAGACGAUUUGAGGUGGAACCUUUACCAACUCGGAUGGCAAAGAAAUUCCAAUUACAAUUUGAACGUCUGGUCGUUCUUGAUUAUAUCAUUCGUAAUACCGAUCGUGGUAAUGAUAAUUGGUUAAUAAAAUACGAUCAACCCAGUAUCCAAACAAAUCAAAAUGGCACCGCAACAACAACAACAAAUAAUUUGUUAAAUAAUUCCGCAACUGCAGCUUUAGCUAACGCUGGUUUUGUGGAAGCUACAACAACGAUAGAAACUAAUGAAUGGAAUUUGGUUCAGUUACCUGAAAUUAAAAUAGCAGCCAUUGAUAAUGGGUUGGCGUUUCCGUAUAAACAUCCGGAUAGCUGGAGGGCUUAUCCUUAUCAUUGGGCUUGGUUACCACAAGCUAAAGUACCAUUUAGUAGGGAAAUUCGGGAAUUGGUGUUGCCUCCACUUUCCGAUAUGAAUUUUGUGCAAGACCUUUGCGAUGAUUUGCAUUUGUUAUUCAAACAAGAUAAAGGUUUUGAUCAGAGAUUAUUUGAAAGGCAAAUGUCUGUGAUGAGGGGGCAAAUUUUAAAUCUUACCCAAGCUUUGAAAGAUGGAAAAUCACCAGUACAAUUGGUACAAAUGCCGGCUGUUGUUGUUGAAAAGUCUCACAGUCAAAGUACAUCAAGAUUUUUUAAUUUUACACAACGUUUCCAAGAUAAAAGCCCCUUUUUCUCAUGGUGUUAAUGUUCCAAACAACAAUUUUUUGUAAAUAUGUACCCAGAGAAAAAGAUCUACAAUACAUAAAUUGUAUACCGCAUCAGAUAAAUUUAAUUAAUUCUAAGUCUAACAUUAUUGAUACUGUAAAUUUCGUACGUAAGCCUAAGUUACAUGAGAAAUUAAAAGGAUAUAGCAAAUUUA